UAACACCGGUUGUAGGUUUAAAUAUCAGAAGUCGACCAUCGGAUAUUAAAAGACACAACCAAUUAUCUAAAGAAGGCUAGUGCAGUUUGAGUGACUGAAUCCAGAAGUAAGAAGAUAGGAAUUGAGGAAAUUCUGAGACCGAGGUUUCAGCACAGGUCUGAACAGGAAAGGUGUGAGAUGCAUGUGACGGUGCGUGAGGUCUGUAUCUCCUCGGAGUCAGAGACUUCCUACUUCCUGCGAGUGGAGUGGAGGGGGCGGGACUUAGGCUCUGGCUUCCUGUUACUGCUCUCUGAUGGACAGAAUGCAUGGAGAGGAGAGGUAUCAGAGGAUGCAGUGCGGGAGGAGGCAGAGGAGUUGGAGAUGCAGACAGAUCGUUACAUCCAGGACCUCCAGCAGGCCCUGACUGGGACUGGACCCUCUACUGACUACAGCUUCACCUUGACCCAUAACCACGGCCCAAUGGCCAACAUGACCCUGUCCUACGAGAAGGUGCAGAGGGACAUCUCGUUCUGCCUGGGUUCUGUGUUGCUGGGUAAGAUUCCAGAGCCAGUGGAGGAGGUUAGAGCGUUACUGACUCACGGUCUAGAACGUGGAACCGCACUGCAGAACCACAACCACUUACUAAAGGAGGAGAACCACAGACUCAAACAGGAGCUACAACACAUCAAUGCAGAGUUGCAGCGGUUUGUCAGUGGGAAGGAGACACUCGAGUCAGAGCUGUACUCUCGCUUCACACUGGUGCUGAAUGAGAAGAAGGCCAAGAUACGCAGUCUGCAGAAGAACCUCACACACCUGCAGGAGACCAGGGAAGAGGGAGAGAGCAGCAGUCCAGGGAAGGGAACGAAAAAGACGACAGGACAGACCAGAGAGGAGGAUGAAUAUGAAGCAAGCACUGAUGAUGAGCAGUUACAGCCUGCCUCUAUAGAACCCACCCAGGGGACUUCGCGUAGCCGCAGCCCAUUGGACGACAGUCUGAAUGACAUCCCAGACGUGGCACCCUCCCGUAAACGCCGCUUCCGCCACCUGCAACCUCCUGACACCGUUGCUAAGAGACCGACCUCGGAGCCAGCACAGAAACCGAGGAGGGACCCCCUGCCAUCAUCCAGAGCAGCAGCCAAUAAGGACCAGGCUCCCCAGCAUUCCAGUGAUGUCAUUCCUGAUGCUGAAGACCUGUUUGAGGACAUCUGAGUUCUAACCACUCACUCCUCAAUCAAAUUCUUUCCCUCCCUCACUCCUUUCAUCUCUCUCUCCCUCCAUCACUUUCGUCUGUCACUCUAUCAGCCAGUCCCAACUCUCUUAGAACCCCUUCCCCUAAUUAACCCCUUCGAUGUUUGGAAAUCUGAAAGAUCUGGAUAGGUGUAAACAGUGCGGUGAUGGAGCUUCCAUCCCAUUCCUUCCACCUUACAGAUCCAAAUGUAAAAGUGUAUUAUUAAUAUCAUGAAUUAGGCAUCCUAUUUAUGGUGAUGAUGGUAACUAAUAUUAAAAUGACAAAGAUCCAAUCAACUAUGGAUAGUAUACCUAGUUUCACUCUGCAUACAUAAAUCUAACGUGAGUCGCAAUGUACUUUCACAUACACUGUAAAAUAAAUAAAUAAAUAUAUAUAUAUAUUCAGCAUCAAUUGUAAGGUAACCAUCCAGGCCCGGCUCGAGGAGGACAUGACAGAGGGAACAUUUUAAAUUCAUGGAGGGAGGGGGCUCUUUGACCCUCCGAACAAGAUACCUUAGUCUGAAGCUAUUGAUGUGCACACCGGUGUCAAACUUGUCCACAGUAUGUAUAGGUGCCGUUGAUAAACCGCAAUGUGUCACUGAAUUGGAAAAGCUUUGCCAGGAGGGCACCGAGCACGCCAGCUCCAAGGAAACGAUGGAGACAACUCUGCGAGAGUAUGUCGUUGAAAGCACAAAGCAUUUUUUAAAUAUUUUUUUGCAAACAGACAGAAAAUGUGUUUUGAAAAAUGUUUUGGCAAGCUCACAAUCCUAUUGCAGCUGGUUGCCUUACAAUUGUACAAUUUAAUCAACAUAUAUUUUUUUAAUUAUUUGUUUUAGUGUACAGCUAUUGUCAGAGGAGUUACUUUCAACGAUUCAAUGGUAGUCUACGCAGAUGAGUAUGAAAGUUGAUCGAUGUCUAACUGUGUUGACAUGAUGGCUCAGCAUAUACACGCUUGUUUCCAAAGCUAAGUAGGAUACAUGGAGGUAGGCAACUAGAUAGACUCGUUCUCACUGAAGUGCAUUACCCCUCAUAUACCCGUAGGAGUCGCUGUUCAGGCAGGAAUUGUUGGAGUGGCUUCACAUUUUAUUUCAAUAUACACUACAUAUACAAAAGGAUGUGGACACCCCUUCAAAUUCGUGAAUUUGGCUAUUUCAGCUGACUGGUUUAUAAAAUGAGCACACAGCCAUGUAAUCUCCAUAGACAAACAUUGUCAGUAGAAUUGCCUUACUGAAGAGCUCAAUCAUUGGGUGCCACCUUUCCAACGAGCCAGUUCAUCAAGUUUUGGCCCUGCUAGAGCUGCCCCGGUCCACUGUAGGUGCUGUUAUUGUGAAGUGGAAACAUCUAGGAGCAACAUCGGCUCAGCUGAGAAGUGGUAGGCCACACAAGCUCGCAGAACAGGACUGGCCAGUGCUGAACCAUAUUUAGCAGCAAAGGGGGGACCGACUCCAUAUUAAUGCUCAUGAUUUUGGAAUGAGAUGUUCGACGAGCAGGUGUCCACAUACAUUUGGUAAUGUAGUAUACCUCUUUAUUUAGGUUGAUGGCAUGAUGUUGAAACGUUGACUUUGAUUCAAACAUACCAUUUUACUCUUAACAUUGAAACAACAAAUAUAGGAUGAAAAAGAUUUUUACCGUUUCUAUGUGGAGUUUUCAACACAAUUUCAACAUUUACAAAGUUCUGAUGAUUAUGUUGAAAUUAGAUUGUUAGUCAGGUUAGUAUUUAAGUUGAAUCUUUAUCCUAAUUUCAAUGUUUGCAAUGCUUGUUGAAAUGCGAUGAAAACCGCAUUAGUUUACUUUUUGAAAAUCCAAAUGUGCUUUCCACGUGGAUUCCACGUCCGCAAUAGGUUGACAAAUGACGUUGAAACAUUGGUUCAACCACUGUGUUCCCAGUGGGUUGCUUCAGUCUCUCUAUCCCUCUACACAAGGGUGGCCAACACCUGGUUCUACUAAUCAGCCUUGCUAGAACCUGACUGAGCAUGUCAAGGUCCUGGCUCGUGUCCUACCACUUCCUCUACCUAACCUAAGGACCACCAGGACCAUGACAUGUCGCAUCAGGUUCUAGCAAGGCUGGAACAAAAGCCUGAAUACCUAGCGCAGACACCUCUGCACAGCCACCCUUCCUCUACCAGUAUUACUUCCCGCUCUUCUCGAGCCUCCAUCUUGCUGUUAAUCCUCCACCACUCCCUCCCAUGUCCUUCUCAAGGAGACCGUUAUAUAUAGAGAAGGGAAUUAGACAUAUAUAUAUUUUUUGUAGUGCACCAUUUAUAAUAAUUUAUAAUGCUGUAACAAAGGGUAUAUUUUGUACUCGAUAUGGACACAACAUUAACUGUGUAAAGCUCAGUCUUAUUUUUAGUAUGAUGAAGAGAAGUGUUGGUUCUUUAUGUGUGUGAAACACGAGAAAAGUGUAAUAAAAACGUGGGUUAACAACA